GAAUCGAGGUUUGCGUGAAUGUCGUUGCUGACCAGACCGCUACUCAGGCCUAGCUCGAGGGAAGGUUGUUGGUUGUUGGUUGUUCCAUGUCAUUCACGCAUCAACAACUUCGCUUUCAAAACAAAGCUAACGAAACAACGCGAUCUCGUUGGGUGCACGCAAAACCAGGGGUAAAAACCUCAUGACCGUGUAUUUGGCAACAUCCAACGUCUUAAGUACGGAGCAUGGGAGACGUUUGGGAAGGAAAAACUCAAGGUCGAAGCCUAUCGGAAGAGGAGCAAUCGCGGUUAUCCCGUCAAGACGAGCGACGAGUGAAUGAAUUCAAGGCCAACAAAUUCCAGCGCGAGGCCCAAAAGCAUUGGGACCUCUUCUACAAGCGCAACACCACCAACUUCUUCAAGGAUCGGCAUUGGACCACACGGGAGUUCCAGGACCUCUUGCCCUCCUCGGAUGAUAGUCACGGGACGGACUCCCCGCGUCCAACGCUCUUGGAGUUGGGUUGCGGUGUGGGAAACUUCGUCUUCCCGCUGAUUGAAGAAGACACCUCGUUGUUCAUCUACGCGUGCGACUUCUCGCCCAGAGCGGUGGAACUGCUCAAGGCCCAUUCCAAGUACAAUGAAGACCACAUCAAAGCCUUUCAAUGUGAUAUCACCCAAUCCAUCACGCCUCGGGUGCCCGAUCCCGGGCAGAAAAUGGACCUCGUGAGCAUGGUGUUCGUGCUCUCGGCUUUGAGGCCAUGCGACUUCGACGUAGCCCUCCGAAAUGUGUGCGAUUGCAUGAAGGAGGGCGGAGUGCUCCUUUUCCGUGAUUACGCCGUCAAUGACAUGGCCAUGGUUCGUUUUGGUCCCGGACACAAGAUUCGGGACCAGUUGUACUUGCGGCAAGACGGAACUACGUCCUACUUCUUUGAGAUCGAGUUUCUCCGUGAUUUAAUGACCCGAGCGGGUUUCAAAGUGUUGCAUUUAGACUACAUUCAAAGGAAGACUGUGAAUAAGAAGGAAAAUGUGGACGCCGAGCGACUCUUUGUCCAAGGUCGGUUUCUUAAGAGCACGAAAAUCAUUGUGAAAUGAAGCCUUGAGGGGAGAGCA